AUGAUGGAGACGCGCCUCGGUCCCUGGCUUUUCAUCCUUUUCUACGAGUGGAUCUGGCUCUUCACCCUAACUUCCAUCCUGGGCGGAACCAAGGCGGAGGUGAGGUGCAUUCCCUCGUGUCAGCUGCCGCUCGUCGCUGCGUUUCCCCGGGAACUCUCGGCUCUGGAUUUGGAUCUUUUUGGAGAGGCACCGGUGGAGGAAGUCUCUGGAUUUUACGCGCGGUCCCCUGGCGCCAGAGCCACCGCCGCCGCCGCCGGGGAGGAAAAGCACAACGUGGCGGGAUUAACCAAGACAGGAGAAAGUUCCAAAGUAGAGGCACUGUCAAGGGGAAAUAAAACAAGUUGCACCCAGAACGACGCGUCGUGCCAGCAAGAAAAACUUUCCCACUCGGAAGUGUUUAUUGUUCCCUUUCCUGAUAACCCGACCGAACAAAGCCCCGGUGAUGGAGAGGAUGAGGAGCAGGUGGAUGUGCCGGUGGAUGAGGAGGAUGUGCCCGGUUGGAGACGGACCCGGAGGAGCGCAGCAGGGACCUGGUCCGGCUUCAAACCCCAGGGCGAGGACGAGGGUUCGUUUUCGGACCAGGAGGAGUUCCAGCUCACAAGUUCCACCUUUGCACUGAGCGGGGACACGGCUCACAACCAGGCGAUGGUGCACUGGUCCGGACAGAACAGCAGCGUGAUCCUCAUGUUGACGAAAUACUACGACUUCAACACCGGCAGAGUAACAGAGAGUUCUCUGUGGAGGUCAACUGAUUACGGGACCACGUAUGAGAAACUUAAUGAGAAAGUCGGGCUGAAAACCAUCCUGAGCUACUUGUACGUGAGUCCCAACAACAAGAGGAAGAUCAUGUUGCUGACUGACCCGGAGGUGGAGAGCAGCCUGCUCAUUAGCCUUGACGAGGGGGCGUCCUAUCAGAAACACAGCUUAGCCUUUGAUAUCCUCAGCCUGCUUUUUCACCCCGAGCAGGAAGACUGGAUUCUGGCUUACAGCCACGACCAAAAGCUCUACGUCUCUGUUGAGUUUGGCAGGAAGUGGCAGCUCGUGCACGACGGCGUCGUCCCCAACAGAUUCUACUGGUCCCGACUGGGUUUAGAUAAAGAGCAAGGAAUGAUUCACCUGGAGAUCAGUGUCUCCGACGGACGGUCACAGUACAUAACUUGCAAACUUCAGAAUUGCUCUGACGGAAACAAGGGCAAGCCUUUCCCUGGAUUUAUCAUCCCCGAUUCCCUGGUGGUUCAGGACGAAUACGUUUUCAUCCAGGUGCCGAUAGGUGGCCAGCCUGUCCAUUACGUGUCCUACAAGAGAAAUUCCUUCUACCCGAUGAAGCUUCCUAAGUACACUCGGCCAAAGGACCUGCAGAUAAUCAGCACGGAUGAUAACCAGGUGGUGGCAGCGAUUCAGGACUGGCACCAGAACGACUCCUACAACCUGUACAUGUCCGAGUCCCGGGACCUGUCCUUCACCCUGAUGCUGGAGAGCGUUGUGAGCAGCGGAGGGCCCGAGGGAAACAUCAUGAUAGACCUGUAUGAGGUUGCCGGGAUUAAAGGGGUGUUCCUGUCAAAUAAAGUUGUUGAGAACCAAGUGAAAACUUAUAUCUCAUACAACAAGGGGAGAGACUGGCAUCUUCUUCAGGCUCCGACAGCCGAUCUCCAGGGAAACAAGGUCUAUUGUGAGCAGCCGUUCUGCUCACUACACCUGCACCUUCAUGUGUCGGAGAAUCCUUACACCUCAGGAAACAUCGUCAGCAAAGACUCCGCUCCGGGAAUCAUAAUAGCAUCAGGUGUCAUUGGACCUGAGCUGACCAACACUAACGUCAGUAUUUUCAUCACAUCUGAUGCUGGAAACACCUGGAGAGAGGUGUUCCAGGAAGAGUACAGUGUGUUUUUCCUGAAUCAAGGAGGAUCUCUGGUGGCCAUCCGACACACACCUCUGCCAAUUAGACACAUUUGGCUGAGUUUUGAUGAGGGUAGAAACUGGGACAAAUAUAGCUUCACCUCCUCUCCUCUCUACGUUGACGGGGUGCUGGGGGAGCCUGGAGAGGACACCCUCAUAAUGACAAUAUUUGGUCACUUCAGUCAUCGGUCCGAGUGGCAACUUGUCAAAAUUGACUUCCGGUCCAUUUUUCAACACCGAUGCACAUCUGAGGAUUAUCUGACGUGGCAGCUGCACAGUGAGGGUGAAGUGUGCAUCAUGGGAAUGAAGAGAAUCUUCCAAAAACUUAAAACAAACGUUCGAUGUGUCAAGGCCAGAGAUCAGUAUAUUUCCCAGAUGUCAGAGUCUUGCCCGUGCACAGAGGCGGAUUUUGAGUGUGACUAUGGGUUUGAGAGGCAGUUUGAUGGGAGCUGCUCUCCGGCCUUCUGGUUCGUCCCCUCAGCGACAGUGAGGGACUGUGUCACUGGGGACAGUUUCCUCAACACCACAGGUUAUCGCAAGGCCUUGUCUAACAACUGCACCGAAGGAACUCUGCUGAAGUACAGCCCCAGGCGUCAGAGGUGUCCCAGUAAAGCCCCCAGGGGCCUUCAGAUCUUCACCAGUGAGGGAACACUGGUUGCAACCCUGGGGAAGAAUGUCACCUUCUUGGUCUUUUUGGAAGAGGGUCUGGGCUCCACGACGAGUAUAACAGUGGACUUUGGAGAUGGGACGGCCAUAUCCUACGUUAACAGCUCCAUCGAUGACGGCAUCAAGCAUAUCUACAACAAAGUCGGCAUCUACCACGUUUCUGCUACAGCGAGCAACAUGCUGGGCUCUGACAGGGUGACACUCUACCUGCACAUCUCCUGUCAGCUCGAGCAGGUCCAGCUCUCGGCUCCUUCAGUGGUUGUGAAGAACAAAGCAGUGAACCUCACCACGCUGCUACGGCCCGGCAACGUGGGAACAGUCAUUUAUUACUGGUGGUUAGAUAACAAAACUGAGCCGGUUGUGACCCUGGACGGAACGAUGUCUUUAACUUUCUCUAAAGAGGGAAGUUACACGGUCACCGUUCAGGCUUCAGUGGGCAACACUGUCCAUCAGGACCAAAUGACUGUAGCAGUUUACGAUUAUUUCCAGUCACAUGUCUUGGCCUUCUCUUCUAAUUUGGACGAGCUGAACCCUGGGGUGUCUGAGUGGAGGGAGGAUAUCUGCCGAGUGGUGAAGAGCUCCAUGGUUCAGGUCACGGGAAUCAGCGCGGAUCAGCUCCUGGUCACCGUGCUUCCAGGUUUACCGACCACGGCGGAGGUUUUUAUCGUGCCUGAGAGGAGGUCAAGAGACGGAGCCGCGGGUGGAAAGUGGGCGCACCUUGAUCAGCUUUCUCAGGUUCUGCUAAGUGCUCUGAACCAGGACCUCGUCCAGUUCACACUCAAGCCGGGGGUGCAGGUGAACGUGUAUGCCACGCGGCUGUCUCCGGCUCCUCUUGUGGACAGCAGCGAUAGCAGCCACAGCGGCACUGCAGUCAUCCUGCUCGUCUCUGUCGUGCUGAUGGGAUUGGCUGUGUUUGUAAUAUACACGUUUAAAAGGAAGUUUCCCGGCAUCAACACAUACACAGCGGAGCAGCCUGACAAAGAACAAGAGGUCAUCCCCACAGUGACCUCCAUCGCCGUCCCAGACCCUGAGGGGGACAAGCUGACUUCACUGGAUCAUGUGGAUGUACAGCUGGACUCAAAAAGCAGAGGCUACCUGCCAUCUCACACAGACAUCAAGCUCUCUGAUGAAGCGCCCCAUGUGUUUUAA